GACACGAACAUUGCAUGGCCUAACUGAACUAUCAACCAGAUGGAUCAACCGUGUUCAACUGUCAACCAGCUGCCUGCAACGAGCAGCAGCUAGGAGGCGAGUAGGAGGCCGCACUGGAGCAUGCCCUUCUCCUGACAGGUCCCCUACAAACCCCUACCUAAAACCUCGCCACGGCGUCCUAUACAUACGGCCUCGCCGCCGUGGACCACCACGCCGUGCCAAGAAACCAACCCACAGAGACAGUCUGGCAAUGGACCACCACCGUCGUCGUCGCAGCCGCCCCGCCGCGACCGUCGCAGCGACGCUCUGCCUCGUCCUCGCGCUUGGCGGGAGGUGCGGCGCCGCGGCGAGGCCGCUGAGGCGCCUGCAUGCGGUGGAGGGGAGCACGGAGUCCGCGGCGUCGGAGGCGGUGCUCGACGUGACGGUGGCGGAGGCGCCGGAAGCCGCGAGGUGGUCCAGAGCCGCCGGGAGCGAGGGGAGCCAGGACGAUCUCGGCGCGGGGAAGUGGCUGCCGCUGCCCAUGCCGAUGCCGAUGUCCAUGCCGGCGGCGAGCGCGCUGGCUGGCGGGCUGCGGUUCCCACCGGUGUCGUUCCCGCUGGCCGGCGCGUCCAUGCCGUGGCUCUCCGGCGCGCCGCCCGCGUUUGCCGGGAUGCCGGCGCUCGUGCCGCCGUACGUGGGCGCCACGCGGCAGGAGCAGCUCAGCCUGUGGGCGUCGCUGUUCAACCCGUUCCAGGUCAGGCCGCGGCUGCCGGGCGCCCUCGGCGGCGAGACGGCGGCGGCGGGGUCCGUCGAGCGCGGCGGCGUCCCGGCCAUCGCCAGCGGCGGGAAGGCCGCCGAGGGGGAGACCAUGGACGUGCCCGCCGCCGCCGCCGCGCAGGUCGCCGAGCCCAAGUGGGGCGUCUUCUUGGGCAACAUCGAUCGUCGCAACUAGCUAGCUCAUGGCUAGUCAUCUGGCGAAAUAAGCCGAUUAGCUUAGUAGAUGAAAAAUGGUAGACUUUUGAAAAAAAAAGCAAGGAAAAUGUUAGUAACAUACUAAACUUUUUUCAGUUUGAGCAAAAGUGUUUGUAUCAAGGAGCAGCCAAGAGUUAGAGAAGUUUGUUGUCUAUUCGUUUCCGUAAUGUUCUUUAACUCGAUAUGUGUAUUCAAUUCA